AUGACCGCCAUCUCCGUUGUGGACGGUGUCGCCUUGGCAGUUCUUGGCGACGAUGGAUCGCCGCCGCACACCGAUGGGGAAGUGUGGGUGAACUGCAGCGACGACAAAGACAACGUCAUCCGGUAUACGCGCUUCUUCGCCGACUUUGGACCGCUCAACCUGGCGCAGACAGUUCGGUUUUGCCUCCGCCUGAACGUGUUCGCGUCGACAGGUCGAGUCGUCUGCUUCACCAAGCGGCGCGACAGGCACCACACGGCGAAUGCAGCAGCGUUACUCGCUCUGUACGCUGUCUUGAUUCGAGGCAAAGGUGCGCAAGAGGCAAGUCGCCCAUUCGACUCGCUCGACCUUCCGCCGUUCCGAGAUGCGGCGCAUGGGGUAUGCACGUACGGCAUCUCAGUGGAAGAUUGUGCGUCGGCCGUGGUCAAGGCGAUUCAAACCAAGUUGUGGGCCAUCGACUCGUUUGAUGUCGCCGAGUUCGAGCGCAUGGCCAUGGUAGAGCAUGGAGAUAUGACGUGGAUGGUGCCUGGCAAGCUUCUCGCAUUCAGUGGCCCGCUCGCGGAGCGAUACGAGUUUGCGCCAGGCAAGUUUACGUUGCGGGCCCAAGACUAUAGCAAGCUAUUUCACGAGAUGGGGGUCUCGACCGUCGGUGAGCGCUGCGACUUGAUCGGUUUGAGAACAGUGGCUGGGGUAGUUCGACUGAACGAGCAGUGCUACGACCGGAAAAAGUUUGUCCAUGCAGGCAUCCACCACGUGGACUUGAUCUUUCCCGACGGGAGUACGCCCACCGACGGCAUCUUGGACAAGUUUAUCAACAUCUGCGAGCGCGAGCGAGGCGCUGUGGCUGUGCAUUGCAAGGCAGGGCUCGGCCGCACUGGCACUGUCAUCGCCGCCUACAUCAUCAAGCACUAUCACUUUACAGCGAACGAAGCUAUUGCGUGGUGCCGACUCUGUCGCCCCGGCUGCAUCGUGGGCCCGCAACAGUACUUCCUAGCGCAUAAACAAGCCUCGCUGUGGGCCCAACCCACGUGUAGCCGUCCCCCUUCCAAGUCCAAGCGCCCGUCCGUCGCACGGAGACCACGAUCGCGGCAAUCGUCCGAUUAA